AUGAUAUUAUUUCCACUUCCUGCUCAGUCUACAUGGAUUUACAAUGAAGUUUUCCCCAAAGAUUCCGUAGUCACCUCAUUAUCCACCUCACCAGCCCGAAAAGGCGCCAAGAAACUCCCCAACAACCUUCCUGAAUCAGUUCUGAGAAUCCUUGACCCCAGGAAGUAUUACAACCAUAUUCUGGUAAUUUGUAGUCAUUUCUCAUCGGUACUAUAUCAUGUUAGCUCUGGCAGAAUCUUUCUUCGUUACACACUUAUGAAAACAAGACUCACAUCUAGCCAUAACCACUCGAAUCCCUUCAAUCAUUUCUCUAGCCGGGGCGUCAAGUCCAAUCCUCUCCGUCGCCAAGUUCCCCCGUACGAAAGGAUUUAUUCCUCCUUUGCCAGGCUGAGAAGUCCGGUAUAUCGCAUGAAAAAGAUAUUUCAGCUGCGCAAAUGGUAUAUCAUCGAGAUCUUGACAAACUUGCUUCGCGGUCUCCUGUUCGGUAA